CAGCGAAUGGCAAAUUCGCUCGACAGCCGGCGAAACAAAGUAACACGGAGAUUCGGGAUUCAGGAUAAUCAGAAAAGCAUUGCACAUACAGACAACAGACAUGGAGCCAUCGUUGAACAACUAUAAGCUGAGCUGCGAGCUCCUGGGUCACAGCCUGGAUGUGCGGGCAGUGGCGGUGGGCGGUGCCACUCCGGAAGGCGGCCAGGUUAUUCUGUCCGGUUCAAGGGACAAGAGCACCAAGCUCUGGAAGCCCACUGGAAAUGAGUACUUGGAGAGCCUGACCCUGCAGGAUCACAAGAACUUCAUCUCGUACAUCUACUACCUGGAGUCGGAGCAGUGGAUCUGCACGGCCAGCAACGAUGCCACCAUCUGCAUUUACAAGCAGGAUGGCUUUGUGCCUUUGCUCACCCUCAAGGGUCACGGGUCCACGGUGUGUACCCUUGCGGAAGGAUUGACGCCUCGCAGCCUCAUCAGCGGCAGUUGGGACAAAACGGCUCGGGUGUGGAGCAUCAGCGAGGCGGGUGAUGUGACAUUCAUUGCCUUAGAGGGUCACGAGGCGGCCGUUUGGGCAGUGGCCACCUUGAAGGAGCAGGGAAAGUAUGUGACCGGUGGAGCCGACAAGAACAUCUACUUUUGGAACGCGAAGGGCGAGAAGUUGCGCCUGCUCAAGGGACACACGGAUUGCGUGCGGGGCCUUAUCGGCCUGGAGGCCAACACUCUGCUAUCCUGCGGCAACGAUGGUGUCCUACGGUUUUGGAACGAGGAUGGCGAAUGCGUUCGCCAGUUGAGCGGACACACCAACUACAUCUAUUCGAUGGACAGGAAUCAAGCUCUGGGCGAUCAAGUGGUGGUCUCCUGCGGUGAGGACAGCACGUUACGCAUGUGGAAUGUGAUCACCGGCGAUGAACUGGGUGAUCCCAUCAUUCAUCCCGCCAUUUCGGUGUGGUCUGUAGCCUGUCUGAACAACGGCGACAUAGUCACCGGUUGCAGCGAUGGCGUGGUGAGGGUAUUCAGCCAGGAUCCGGCCCGGCAAGCCAGCGAAGGAAUCCUGAAAGCCUUUGAUUUAGCUGUGGCCACCAGGAAGUCGCAGAUGAACGAAGAGAUUGGAGGUGUCAAGAAAACAGACCUUCCAGGUCCCGAGGCCCUGUUGGCCAAUGGAACCCGGGAGGGGCAAACGAAGAUGGUGCGUCAUCCUGAUGGUUCCGUAAAGUGCUACAGCUGGGAGCUGGGCAAUUGGAAUCUGGUUGGUGAUGUAACUGGUGCCUCCGGAGGGACGCAGGCGAGCUCCGGCAAGAAACUGCAUGAGGGCAAGGAGUACGACUAUGUGUUCAACGUGGACAUCUCCGACACGGAGCCACCAAUCAAGUUGCCCUACAAUCGAGGCGAGGAUCCCUGGCAGGCAGCCCAGACUUUUAUCCAUCGCAACAACCUGCCGCAGGCCUACCUCGAUCAGGUGGCCAACUUUAUAGUGAAGAACUCGCAAAGUGCGCCCGUGGCGAUGGAGCAAGCGCCAACUGGCUAUCAGGAUCCCUUCACUGGCGGCUCUCGCUAUGUUCCUGGGUCGAGCAACACCAAUGUGAGGAGUGGCGGCAAUGUGGACCCCUUUACAGGCGCAUCAAGUUACUCAACAGCAAGUAGCAACACCCAAUCGCAGGUGGAUGUGAACUUUGUGCGACCCGGUGACAAGCACUUUCCCGUGAGCAGCUACCGCACAUUCGACACUUGUGAUGCGAAGAAGGUUCUGGAGAAGAUGAAGGAGUUCAAUAACAAGCUAACGCCUGCCGAUGGUCGAGUUGGAGACGAAGUCUUGCUGGCUGUAAUCAAACUAACCGAGCAAACACCGGAACUUGAUCUGACCUCUCUGGAAGCUCUGAUUAUCCUGCUGAAGUGGCCAGCGGCCAUGCUCUUUCCCGUGCUGGACAUUCUCCGCCUGGCCGUGCGGAAUGAGCCUAUAUUUACUGUCCUUAAUAAUAGCCACAAUUUCCUGGGGAUCGUGAUCCCCCAAUUGACUGGUUCAGCGGCCAAUCAGCUAAUGGUAGUCCGUUGCCUGGCCAAUAGCUUGAGUCACGCUACCGGUCGGCAGCAGGUGGAGUCCCAUUUGCCGGAGAUCAUCGAACUUGUGGGAGCCAUCAAGUCGGGCAGUGCCAACCUGCAGAUUGCAGUGGCCACCUUCUAUUUAAACAUUACAAUCGCCCAGACUGUGAACGUGACCAAGUCGGAGGUAUGUCAUAUGGUUACCUCCGGUGUGGUGGAGCUGCUCAAGUGGGCCAAGGAUCUGGAGGCAUGCUACCGUUCCAUGCAGGCCAUCGGCAACCUGACCACCACUUCCUGCGGGCAGGAGACCAUCGCCCAGGUGGUGUCCGUGGACUACGUGAUGGACAAGCUGAGGGAGCUGACCAACACCCCGCAGGGCGAGAACUUCAGCAAGGUGAACUCGGCGGGCCAGGCCCUGUUGGCUGCGUUCUAGGAUCUCUGUCCGAAUCAUUCUAAAUUAUACAUAUAUAUUGGAGAACGUUUUUUUCUAAAUACACCAUAUACAACGCUAA